UCCUUUCACUAAGUGUUGUAAGACCGGUUUUAAUAUAUAGCGAAUUACGUGAAGCAAAUUUAGGCAUGCCAGUGAUUACCCGUGCAGCUUCUAGUUGUACCUUUUCUAAAUUAUGUGCGUUUAAUUGGGAACAGCCACCCCAGACCUCUGAAGCAUAUUCUAGGACGGGACGAAUGAAAGUACUAUAUAUUCGCAUUAGAGUUUGACGAUUUAAUAACAGUCUGUAUUUCCUUAAUACUGAGAUCAUUACCGAUGCUGAUGUGCAUACAUUUAGAAUAUGACUAGACCAUUUUGAAUCAUCUGCUAAAGUUAAACCUAAAUGUUUAUGCGUUUUUGAUUUGUUUAAAGUUGUGCCACCAAAUACAAGACAUGGUUCAUUAAUUAAUUUGGUUAGAGAAAACAAUAAUACAUUCGUUUUAUUCGGGUUAAAGGUAACUAACCAUUUGUUUCACCAUUCAUAAAGUUUCAACAAAUUGAUGUUUAGAUCGCGUUCUAUAAUUGAAAUGUCAUUUGACGAUAUUCCAAUACUUGUAUCAUCGGCAAAUAGCCUUGUUACACAGAUCAUCAGCAAUAUCGUUAACAUAGUUCAAAAAUAGUAAGGGAUCUAAAACUGAUCCUUGAGGUAUUCCAGCCUUUAGAGUUCCAUAAUUUGAUAACGUUCCAUUUAUAUACACUCUUUGUUUCCUAUUAGAAAAAUAAUUAUUAAUCCAUUUUAAGAGAUUGCCUCUGAUGCCAUAUUGUUUAAGCUUAUAGAUUAAACCCCUGUGCCAUACCCGAUCAAAGGCCUUGGACAUGUCACAGAAAUUUACAGUGAUUUACAAAUUUUAUUAUACAAUUCAAUUAAUUGGUACACGGUGCUGUGGUUAGGUCGGUAUGCACACUGAUACUUAUAAAGUAGAUGACCGAAUGUGAGAUAAUUAUACAGGUGUUUAAACACUAUUCUCUGAAAUAGUUUUCCAACACAACUUAUUAAUGAUAUAGGUAUGCAAUUUGUUGGUGAACUUCUAUCUCCUUUUUUGAAAAGUGGUUUUACGUGGGCAAUUUUCCAAUUGGUAGGGAAUUCUGCUGAGAUCAGUGAUUUAUUAAAGAGCAAUUGAAGAGGUAUCGAAAUGGAAUUGGCAAUACGUUUUAGUAGUUCAUGGCUUAUUUCAUCUGGGCCACUUGCUUUAUUAGGAGCUACUAUUUUAAUAAUGUCUAUUAUUUCUUCUUCAGUGGUUAUUGUCAAGGUUUCCAAAGAUUCCCUGCAACGUUGUCCAAAACUCGGAAGUGCAAUAUUUGCAUCAUCAACUGAUGAAAUUGAUAGAAAAUAAUUCUUUAACGUUUCUGCUUUUUCAAAAUUCGUAUAUGAUACAGGUGAUGAUUAUAGAAAGCCGCUUCUGCCCCAAAUAGUACCUAUUGUUAUCGUAGGUACAACGCACUAAUUGGCUAAAUGCGUCACGUGACUUAGUAUAGGUAUUUCAUGCUGUGGUGCAAUACCGGAAUGUCCCGUCACGCUAUAAAUAGAUCGCGCGUCACUUUUGUCGACUAGCUCUAAUAAGGUCAGCGUUAUGUAUCGUAUUGUAUGCUGUUUACUAAUUUACUAAAUGUAUAGCUGAACUCAGUCAUACAAAACUGGAUAAUGAUGUUUUAAUGUUACCUUUCCUUUUGGUAUAUACACAACGUUUACUGUGAAUCACAGCGUAAGGCAAACAAAUCUUAUGUGAAACAGGGUCACAGAUCGAAGCGGAUCUCCUUUGCGACCUGGGUCCUUUGACCAGACUAUUAUGGAGGGAUGAAUUUAUUGUUAUUGCCGUGUGAUACCUUUUACUAAUGUAAUCUAACCUGUCACCACUAGUAUUGUACUGCUUUGCUCUCAGUGAUGUUAACCAUACUAUUAGUGUCCAAAAAGUAAUGAACUCAUCCAAUGUAGUAUAUUGAAUAGGUAUAAAAAGAGUACGACUGGGAAUAAUUAAAUCAUUUGAGCGUGUGUAAACGGCCGAGAUAGACGCUUCACCGAGAGCCCGUGUUGUGUAAACAACUCAAGUUACUUAUCACAACUUCACCACAAGCCAGAUUAACCAAGGGAAAGUAUCAUGUCUGACAAAGGCCGAUUCUUGGAUAGUGUAAAAAGCAUAGAUGAACUGAAUACAUGGGCCACGGCUAACCAUUAUACUGACGAUACUGACGUCAAUCUCAAGCAGAUCGAAUUACUUGCAGAACGAACGGUUCAGAACAACAGUAGUACUUCAACAGAUCAACUUACAAAGAACAAGUGUAACAUAUGUCAACGAUCCUUUUUGCAGAAACAGAGUCUCCUAAGGCAUAUUCGUACAGUACAUAGAAAUGAACAAUUUGAGUGUAUACAUUGCCACUCUGCUUUCAACCGAAUUGAUAACUAUAACAAGCAUAAGUGUCUAUCAGUUUUGAAGCGAAAAUCAUCUGAGGUGAAUCCCACAGCAAAACGACCUUGUCUUAACCCAGUGAACUCGAAUAACAAUAGCCCCGCAAGGUUAGCAGUGUGUAACUUUUGUGGACACGUCAAGUGCUUACUUCCUGGUAAAAGGUUUUGUGAGGGAUGUUCCACAAAGGGCCGAUAAUGUUGCCAGUGUCAUCGACCGCUUCCUGAGCGUUUUUACAGUCAUCAGGUAAAUACAUGUGACAGCUGCAUUCGACGACGUAAGAGGUAUGAAGAGAGAAGAAACCAAAUCGGAGCGGGUCGUGUUGAUGCUCUUGAGGGGGCAAUCUCAACAAACACACGGAUACCAAGUCAGUCAAAUGACGUUGACAUUCUUCAGUUCUUAGCAGAUGAACAAAAUAACAUUGUAUCCAUCUUACAUGAUUUUCUGACUGAGAAAAAAGGUAUGAAGUGGUUCUUAACUUUAAAAUUAAAAUUUGUUAAAUAUGAUGAAAACAACGAAAGCAUAUUAGCUGAACCUGUACUUAGAACUAUCAAUUUUUUAACAACAAAUAUUUCUGAAAUAGACCAACAAAUAGCAGAGGCAUUUCAAAAUUGUACACAUCAUCACAAGAGUUUCAAGCAGAAGGGAGCGGGUGGGCUAUUGAUCAUAUUAUACAUCUAGAAAUCAAUACAGCUGAAUAUGCUCCACUGAGUGGUAGCAGCUAUAUUCCUCUUCCAAACGUUCUGUCUAAGAAAAAAGCCAUCCUCAAUAUUCAGAAUGAAGACCAAAAAUGUUUUAUCUGGUGUAUACUAGCAUACCUUCACCCUUUUGAUAGAAAGGACCAUGCUGAGAGGGUAUGUAAAUAUCUACCUUACGAAAGUGAACUUCAUUUAAAAUGCAUUGACAUGCCCAUUCCCUUAUCCCAAAUAUCCAAAUUUGAAGAUCAAAACGAACUGUCAAUCAAUGUUUUGGGGUACGAUGAGAAGGAUGGAGUAUUUCCUAUGCACAUUAGUAAUGUUGAAGUUCACAGAAAGGUUGAUUUGUUACUAGUCAGUCAGGGAGAAAAGAGACAUUUUUGUCUCAUCAGAAACUUUAGUAGACUUAUGGGAGGCAGAACGAAGCAUGCACACCAAACAUUUUAUUGCAGGCGAUGUCUGCAUGGAUUCUCUAGGCAUGAUUUAUUAAUUGAUCACACCCCCUACUGUACUCAACAUGGUAUUCAAAAAGUUAGAUUACCUUCAGAGGAUAAAAAGUGGGUUGAAUUUAAAAGUGUACACAAACAGCUAAGGGUACCUUUCAUUAUCUACUGUGACUUUGAAUCCCUAACAGAAAAGGUCAGUGGGUGUAAACCCUCUCCAUGUAUAUCUUAUACCACACAGUAUCAGAAACACGAACCAUCAGGAUUCUGUUACAAAAUUGUUGCUUCUGACUCAAACUUUGACAAAGCAGCUGUGGUCUAUCGUGGACCUGACGUGAUCAAACAUUUCAUAGAAUGUCUCUUGAAAGAAGAAAGGGAGAUAACGAAGAUCUUACAAAAUCCAGAGCCCAUGAAUUUAACGGAUGAACAAGAGAAAUUAUUUCACAUGGCCGAUACUUGCCAUAUUUGUCAGUGUAAAUUAGGUCAGGAUCGGGUUAGGGAUCAUGAUCACCUAUCUGGGGAAUUCCGAGGUACUGCUCAUAAAAACUGUAAUCUGAAUUAUAAAUUCAGAAAGACAGGUGGGAGAAAAAAAUGAGCCAGAUCGGUUCUUUAUACCAGUCAUAUUCCACAACUUGAAAGGGUAUGAUUCUCAUCUCAUUAUAAAACAAUUGGACAAAACCUACAAAGGAAAAAUAGAUUGCAUUGCUAACAAUAUGGAAAAAUACAUUUCUUUCUCAUUGGGGUAUCUGAGAUUCAUAGACUCUCUCCAAUUUCUGAAUGCAUCUUUGGAAACGUUGGUCACAAAUCUAUAAGCAGGAAUUUUGUUCUGAUAAGAUUGAUUUAUUGUUAAGAAAAGGUGUUUAUCCUUAUGAUUAUAUGGAUGAGGAAUCGAAAUUUAAUCUGAUUUAUCUCCCACCAAAGGAAGCAUUUUACAAUAUUCUGACAGACAGUCACAUUUCAGAUAGAGAUUAUGAGCAUGCGAAGAACGUCUGGAAAAGGUUUAAUUUGAAAACCAUGGGGGACUAUCACGAUUUGUACAUGAAAGGAGAUGUCAUUCGUUUGGCGGAUGUUUUUGAAAAUUUUAGGGAUUUAUGUCUUGAAUACUAUGGGUUAGACUGUGCUCAUUAUUACACUUUACCUGGACUGGGAUGGGAUGCUAUGCUGAAGAUGGGUGGCGUCAAGCUGGAGCUACUCACCGAUUUGGAUAUGCACUUGAUGGUAGAAGAGGGUUUGAGAGGAGAGAUAUCUGUGAUUACCAAGAAGUAUGCUAAAGCCAAUAAUCCCCACCUGAAAGAUUACAACCCAAACAAGCCAUCCACCCACCUCAUUUACUGGGAUGCGAACAAUCUGUAUGGCUGGGCCAUGUCUCAGUCACUACCCGAGAGAGAUUUCGAGUGUGUAAGUCCCCAGGAUCUUGAAAACCUGGAUGUUAGUUCUAUACCUGACAAUUCGGAUGUUGGAUACAUUUUAGAGGUAGAUCUUGAAUACCCUAAAGACCUACAUGAUAAUCAUAAUGACUACCCUCUAGCACCGGAAUCCAUGACAGUCACAGAUAACAUGCUAUCUCAACACUCCCAAGAGUUAAAGAAGAAGCUCUGCAUCAAGGCACAGCCUGUCAAAAAGCUUGUUCCGAAUCUCAAUGACAAACAGAAAUAUGUACUCCAUUACCGAAACUUGAAAUUCUACAUGAGUCAGGGUUUAAUUCUCAAGAAAAUACACAAAGCCCUACAUUUCAUACAAUCUCCCUGGCUUAAACCCUAUAUUGAUUUCAAUACUGAGAAACGAAAAGAGGCCAAAAAUGAAUCCGAAAAAGCCUUUUUCAAAUUGGCUAAUAACUCAUGUUUUGGACGAAGCAUGAUGAAUGUUAGAAAGCAUGUUCACUUUGAAGUGGUCAAUACGAAAAAGCGCUUGAGAAAGCUAUGCUCAAAACCAACAUUUGAAGCUUUUAAAAAUUUUAACCCACACUUGGCGGCAGUUCACCUGAAGAAAACCUCUCUCUAUCUUAACUAACCACUCUAUGCUGGCUUUUCGAUUUUAGACAUGUCAAAAAUACUCAUGUACGACUUACACUACAACUUCAUUCAGAAGAAGUAUGGUGAUAAAGCUCGGCUCUGUUUUACUGAUACUGAUUCGCUUUUGUAUGAGAUAGAAACAGAUGAUAUCUACACUGACAUGCUGGAGCAUUCUCACUUAUUCGACACCAGUAAUUAUGACCCUAACCAUUUGAUCUAUUCUAAAGCCAAUGCUAAAGUCUUGGGGAAAAUGAAGGACGAGUUAGGAGGUGGUGUUAUGGAGGAGUUUGUAGGUCUUAGAGCUAAAAUGUAUUCACUUGCCUAUGGUGGGAAAGAUAAAAUGACUGCCAAAGGAGUCAGUAAAACCGUCAUAAAGAAACAGCUGAGGCACUCUAUGCAUAGACAAUGUUUGUUUGAUCACGUUCAGCUUCGACACGAAAUGCAACAGAUUUACAGUCAGGGCCAUCAGCUGUACAGUGUCUGUCGAAAUAAAAUUAGCUUAAGUCCCUUUGACGAUAAACGGUACAUCAUGGCAGAUGGUGUUCAUACUUUGGCUCAUGGACACUAUAAAAUUCAGCUAACUUAAGUUUACCACUUCAUUCGUUUUAUAGUAUUUUUAUUAUGUAUAUAAUUUACUACUAAAUUGUUGUUACACGCAUGUUACACUGACUUAAUAAAUAAGAUUGUCAAUGUGUGGUCUUCUAAACAAAAUAGAGUGACAUUAUAUGUAAUCAAUGUAAAUAUGUAUCAGAUUACUUAUGAAUUUGUUCCCAUUAUGUUUCACUGCAAUAUGUACAUACUAAUGAACUAAUAAAUGUGUUGAAAUGAAUUGUUGUUGUGUUUGUUUAUACAUAAUGGAAAUUAUAACAUAAACAUAAUAUAAAAUAUAUAUUUAUUUUCCCUCGCAAUCAAGUGAUACUUGUUGCGGAUUGAGGGAUAAAUCCCAACAGUACCGUAUAUGUUUUAUAAUAACGAGAAUGGACAAUAUAUCAACAUUUAUUCAGUGUCUGUUUCAUUGUCACUGGAGUCGUCUUGCUCACUGGCUAAGUCGUCAGCCUCUGCUAGGUCCACGUGUGAGAGUAUGUCUUUUGCAAUGGGCUUCAUAAAGAGUUUGAUUUUGGUAGAGAGUAUCUUGGGAUCUGUAUCUGGGUCCAUCGCUGUUACUUUAUCAAGAACGGGUUUGAAAAGAAGGCCCUUUGCUAAAGUAGCUCAACAAUCGAACUGCAACGGAAAGUCGAUUAAUAAAAGUGUCUUCCCAACACUUCCUUAGUUUUCUCUCUAUCCACCUUUCCGACUUUCUUUCUUCUUCAUAUACUUCUUUCUUAUUCAUGAUAUCUUUCUGACAAUGUUCCAAAGUAUGUUCCCACAUGUGUGCCAGUCCUUUCACCUCACGCUCUUUAUCAUGUUCACUGGUUACUCCACCUUUGUUAGAUUCAACGGUUGAUUCUUCUAAUCUAGCUCGUUUGGUUAAAGGUUCACCCCCGUUUUCGGGACACCAGGUUCUGACAUGUCGUUGCAGGUCGUGAUUAUUCUCAAACAUAAUACCACACUCGUCGCAGGAAGGCAUGUUUAUAUCUAUAUCAAUAAUGUCAACUUGCUCUUCAGGAUUUGCUACCGCGUCGUCUGUGAUGUGCACAGGUGGGGUAAUAUCUUUCAACUGAGAUGAUAGCUGAGUCGAUGAUUCUUUUAUAGGAUAAAGCUCCUUUCUGGUAUGAAUCUCAAGCACAUUAGGUCGAAGUCUUCCAUUUUCACGUGUUGAUGGUCGCAAGUCGAUAGUGAGAUUACCGUAAGGUCUUUGAACUGCUUCUUCAUAGACCGACAUAAAACGUCCAUUAUUAUUGGGAUAAAUUCCUCUCGCAAACAACUUCACCUGUUUUCUGUCCACAGGAGAAUUAAACAAAGUCACGUAAUGAGAAUUGAGAGCUAUAUCACGUGACUCCUUACCUCGUGGAAACAGGUUUUGUAGCAAUAGGAAAUUAAUCACAUUCUUAUGGUGAGAUGUACGUGUAAAUAGCUGUGAUAUUCGUUUGUCAUCCUUGGCCUCGGUCAUAUGGUCAUCCAGAAUUAAGACAUUGUUGUUGCGUACGUCGAAGAAGUUGUCGUCAUGUAGGUUAUAAGGAAUACCUUUAACAAACUGAACUUGGGACAUGGACUCACGGAUAGUGUUGUACAGUGGCUGCCAUUCUGUAUAACACCAUAUGAUAUUGUUAGGAGUUGGCUUGACGAGUCCUUUCUGUAGUAUAUGAUACAUAAACAUGGUCUUGCCACAUCCACUCGGACCAACGAUGACUGCAUUUGAUGGGAUAGUAAACUGGAAUGGCUCUCCUUGAUCUGAUAAAUGUUGAACUGGAUCCAAAUGUAAAGAUGUUGGUGGUGUUACUGCUACUACUGUUUGUGGUGGUGAUAAUGCUGCUGCUGCUGCUGCUGCUUGUGGUUGUGGUGGUGAUACUGCUGCUGCUGUUG